GAAAUUUUGGUUUCGUCUCGAAGUGUCGAAUGAUAUGAUUCACAAUAUUUAGUAUUUGUACGUGAAACGAAGGUAUAAAUGUUCUUGCAAUACUAUUUCACCAUUAGAUCAGAAUCGUCCUAAUUGAGUUUCGGAGUAAAAGUGAUUGUGACUACGUUCCUUUUGUAAUUAUGGAGUUUCCACACAUAGGAAAGAAUUGUUCUUACAAUUUCUGCAAUAAACUAGAUUUUCUACCAUAUAAAUGUGAUGCAUGCAGUGAAGUUUUCUGCUCGGACCACUUUGCAUAUGUAAAGCACAACUGUCAGGCCCCAAACCCCCGUGAUGUCCAGGUGCCUGACUGCCCACUAUGCGGAGCCCCCGUGCCGGGCAAGCGCGGGGAGGCACCAGAUGUGGCUGUCAGUGCACACAUCGACAACCAGUGCACCUCGGACAAGGCCAGAGAUAGAAGGAAUAAGGUGUUCACAAACCGGUGCUCGUACCGCAACUGCAAGGCGAAGGAGAUGAUCCCGGUCGUGUGUUCGGAGUGCACCCUCAACUACUGCCUGAAGCACCGGCACACGGCCGACCACGCCUGCGAGGGGAAGCUGGCCGCUAAGAGGAGACAGGCUGCCGAGGCGGCCAUGGCUCGCAUGAGGGCGAGCGAGCAGCGGCAGCCGCCCGCGCAGCCCGCCGCCGCCUUCACCGCCGUGCAGGGGAAUAUGUCAGAGGACGAAGCAUUGGCCCGAGCCCUAGCCCUCUCGAUGCAAGAAGACUCCUCAAACCUCCACGCCAGAGACACAAACUUCGCCAGAGCAUUGACAAGGCAGCGGGUGGGCGGCGAACAGAACUCCAGGUGUACAGUCUCAUAGCAGAAAAAAAGAAAACUGUCACAUUCUGACAGUUCGCAUGGAGGCCAAGCCGAAAAGAGGUUGUAAGAAUAUUGCUACUUAUUAUUUUAGUGAAUGUAUUGAAUCCGAUAUUUUUGUAAAGGUCGCGUUAUUUUAAAAUGCAUCUCUAAGGCGUACAUACAAUACAAACACAUAGGUACCUACUCACUACAUUUUUUCCCAUGAGGUCGAGGUAUUUUUACAAAGUUAAUCUUUUCGGCAGGCUCUGAUUUAAUCCCUGUAUAUUGUAUACCCGUGCGGAUAUAGAAAGAAUAUGAAAUGGAGGUCGGUAAAAAUAGGAGUAGAGAGAGACAGAGCUACAGUCCAACUAUAAAGUCGUGAAAACGGAAGUGGAUCCUAACUAAUUGUUUAAGAUCGUAUUUAAUCUUUCUGUUAUACAUAUUUAUUAAAGGACAAAUCCGUUAAAAAUCCAUAAUCUAUCGGUAUUUUAUUUUUAAAAUGUAUGUAAAAGUAAGUAAAUAACUGAUGAUCAUAAAAAAUCUUAACAAAAUCGCACUCUUUGAUGUCAGGACUUUAUAGUUUGACUGUACGAUAACAGCAAAGCCAUACAUAUAGAUCGUUUCUUAAUCCGCUCGACUUACAGUGACAAGUUUAAUAACAAAUAAUUAAUUUAUUGUUGCAAAAAGCCUCAUGUUAAAUUAAUUAUUUGACAAAGACCAUCUAACCUCAUUAAUUCAGCCUCAGUAUAGGUAAGCACGUACAACUUAGUUUAAUAUAUUUAACUUAAAUAAUUUUAAUUAUAAAUUAGACAAUUUCAUAAUCAUUGUUCGCUUAUGUAUUUUGUUUAUAAUUAUAUAAGGAAUGAAGAUGUGUUAUGG